AUGGCGCCGCCGCGGCAGGGUGUGCACCCCUUCCUGCGUGCCGGCGUGCCGCUGCUGGGCCUCACCAUUGGCGGCUUCCUGGGCCUGAAGUUCUUCGUGCAGGGCCGGCUGGACGUGCAGGAUGCACAGGCGCGGGAGCUGGACCUGCGAGCGCCCGUCUCCAAGCAGCGCGCCAAGAGGUUCAACCUGGAGGAGGAGCUGGCGCGGCUCAAGGGCGAGGUGGACCUGGAGCAUUACGAGAACAAGCCGGUGCCGCGCCCAAAGCAGCUGGCGGAGGGCGAGGACGGUUGA